UUUCUUAAUACUUUCACUUUGUUGGGUUCUUCCCCCACCCCACGUACGUAUCUGGGUGGGGGUUGGUUCUUUCUCAUUUUUCCAAUAUUACUACAGUUUAAUUUGUUGUCUAAGAUCCCGUCAUUACACUGGUUGACAAGACUGGGAUCACUGUUGCUUCAAUUUUUCCAGUUUGCCUAAGAUUGCAUGCCACCUUGAUGAUAUGCUAUUCAAGUUGGUGUUAUCAUAAAGAAAGCAAUGGCUACACUUGUGCCGAAACUGAUGAUUGGAACUCCUACCCUACAUAUACAGAACUCAAGCUCCAGCCAGAUAGACCUCCAAACUGGAAGUAGUCAAUCCUUGCUAAUAAAAACUCCAGCAAUUCUGUUAAGACAUUCAUUCAGAGGUAACUUUAGUGGUCAAUCUUCUCUGCAAUGGCAUGGAGUUCUUGGUUCAGGAAAAACUGGUUCCAUAUUAUCCUGUAACAAGCAGGGAAGUGUCUGUCUUGAUAGAGUUAAAGAGGGUACUAAUGGGAGCUUAAAUGGAGAUGUUGAGAAGAUAUCAAAUGAGCAACAGUUUAAGAAACUUUCUAGUUCCUUAAGGUUGACUUUAGAUGGACCAUUGGUUGAAAAUGAUGAGACAACUAACAACAAAAUCCUUAGAAGUUUUUGCAGUCAUGGAAAAUUGCUUGAAGCAUCAAAAUUAGUUGACCUGAUGUCUCGUCGAUACCAAAUUCCAGACUAUCCUUCCUGCAUAAACUUGAUUAGGGGCCUCAUCAAUGUUGGACAGACCGACAAAGCAGUGAAUGUUCUACAAACCAUGGUUAUGUCUGGUGGGACUCCAGAUAUUAUCACAUAUAAUAUGUUAAUCAGUGGUCUCUGUAGAAAAGGGCUUUUGAACUCUGCCAUUGCUUUCUUGGACUACAUGAGCUUGAGUGGUUGCCUUCCCGAUGUUAUCACUUAUAAUACUAUACUGCGUGCGAUGUUUGACUGUAAUAAAUAUGAUCAAGGAAUUCAGUUUUGGAAGGAUCAGUUAAGAAAAGGAUGCCCUCCUUAUCAGAUCACCAGUACAAUUCUUGUUGAAUUAGUCUGCAAACAUUGUGGUGUUAUACGUGCCCUUGAGGUAAUGGAGGACUUGGCAGUUGAGGGAUGUUCUCCAGAUCUCGUGACCUACAAUUCCAUGGUAAAUUUUUCUUGUAAGCAAGGGAACUUUGAAGAUUCAGCUUUACUAAUCUAUAAUCUUCUAUCGCAUGGCCUUGAGCCCAAUGCUGUGACUUACAAUACACUUCUCCAUUCCUUUUCUACCUAUGCAUGUUGGGACGGAGUAGAUGAGAUUCUUUCCAUUAUGAAUGAAAGUUCACAUCCUCCUAGUGUUGUGACUUACAAUAUUUUAAUCAAUUGUUUGUGCAAGCAUGGGCUUCUGGAUCGUGCAAUUGACUUUUUUACUCAGAUGGUCUCUGAAAACUGUACACCUGAUAUAAUCACAUAUAAUACACUUCUACGUGCUCUUUGUAAGGAGGCAAUGGUGGACGAGGCCAUCCAAAUUGUUCAUUGUUUAGGUGAUAGCAGUUGUUCUCCUAGUAUAAUCACUUACAACAUAGUCAUCGAUGGCCUUGCGAAGCUUGGUUAUAUGGAGAAGGCUAUGGAUUUAUACCAUCAAAUGAAAAAGCAUGGGACUUGUCCUGAUGAUGUUACAUAUAGAUGUCUAAUUUGGGGAUUCUGUCGAGCUGAUCUUAUUGAAGAAGCUGUGGAGUUACUAAAAGAGAUGGGUAAUAGCAGACACAGGGUCAGAGAUAAUUGUUACAGGUUUAUUAUUCACAGAUUAUGUCAAAAUGGUAAACUGGACUCUGCAAAAAAGGUGCUGAAAAUGAUGAUAUCAAGUUGCCACAAGCUUAAGUCAACCGUAUAUUCCAAUAUAAUUGCAGGGAUAGCUGGUGCGGGUAUGAAUGAAGCAGCUAUGGAAUUGCGUGAGAAGUUGAAGGAAUGGAAAAUUCUCAAGGAAUAGAUUUUUUUUUCCCAAUUAGGCAGGAUCCUUAACUCAGUGAUUGUUUUUGGUAGCAUGGCUGGUGCAGAUAUGAAUAAAACAGCAACAGAAAUGUGGAAAUAGUUGAGGAAAUGCAACUCUCGAGGAAUAGAGGUUUUCAUAUUGGAAAGAGAUUAUCAUUAAAUCAGCACAUCAAAUCAUUCAACAUAUCACCUCAGCACAAAUGGAAAUUUUACUCCUUUAUUAGGUUUCUUUCCUUGUCCAUUGUCUGUUAUAUUUUGUGCUUGGUAAAAUUUUUGACCAAUAUCCCUGCUUGACAGAGUUUUUGUUAGUUAUGUAUUCUAAUUUAUAUGGCGACUUUUUUAUUUCUAUAUUAUUCACAUAUAGAAAAAGCUAUGGAUCAGUGCAUUUGAGGCAUAUUUAUCAUGUGCCAUGAAUAUAUAUGUGGCCUUGGGUUUUAGUGCAAUGUCUUUGUGAAGUUUCCCAGUAUUUCUGUUAUCAAUAUGGACUUGUAUUCUUCUAAUAUCUUAAAUUCUAAAGUUUUUAUCUC